GUGAAUCCCUGGCCAGUCAAGUCGCAAAAACAAAGUAGGGCAAUAAAUCCCUCUUUGCUGUACUGAAAGAGCUGUGUAACAGGCGGUUCGAUUCUCCUUCUCUCUCAUCGGAGGGACGAAGAAGAUAACAUACAGAGAGAGAGGAAUGGGACGAGAAGGAGAUUGGGAGUGUAGUAGUUGCGGUAAUAGGAACUACGCAUUCAGAUGUUUCUGCAAUAGAUGUAAGCAGCCUCGUCUACUUGUUGACAACAAAACUCCUCAUGAUUCCAAGUGGUUUCCUCGUAUUGGCGAUUGGAUCUGCACGGGUUGCACUAACAACAAUUAUGCAUCGAGAGAAAAAUGCAAAAAAUGUGGACAACCAAAGGAGGUAGCAGCAAUGCCAGCAAUUGCAAUCCCUGGAGCAUCUCUCCCAACUCAUCCAAAUUAUUUUGCCAGGGCACAAGGAGGAGUGGAACAGAGGUUGAACAUUGGGUUGUUAGGACAUGGAGCUCUCCAACAACAACUUCCAUUGAGCUCUAACUGGUCUCUAGGGGAGGCUGGUCAAUACGAAAGCCAGCCUGCUGAUCGGUAUAGACUGCUGCAAACUCCUGGAGUUCCAUAUGCAAGCCAAACGAAUCAGCUGCUUCCAGUUCCAAAUGGAUGGCGUAAUGGUGACUGGCUCUGCAGUUGUGGCUUUCACAACUACUCUUCUCGAGCUCAGUGCAAAAAAUGCAAUGCUUCGGCACCUCCAGCUUCAUCGUCUUCUCUUGCGAGUACCCCUAUUACAGCUCUUGGAACAAAGCGAUUAGCAUCCGAGGAACUUGUUCAUGAUUGGGACAACAAGAGGCUGAAUGCAGGGCAUACAUUUGGGUAUCAGCAAGGUUAUCCAAGAGCAGAAAGGAUGGGGUAUUCAGGGGAAAAUCAACUAACUGCUAUCUCAUCGACCUUCCCUAUAGAAAAUUCAAUGGUGCUUCCUUUGCAAGCCAACCUGCAGAUUUCUCGUGUACCAGCAGCACCUACACUCCUUGGCAAAGGGGCAAAACAAUGGCGUGAUGGGGACUGGAUGUGCACAAAUUGCAAUAAUCAUAAUUAUGCAUCUCGAUCAAAUUGUAAUAGGUGCAAAAGUGAAAGAGACGUGCCAACUCAACCUGUUAGUGUUGCAUAGCACUUGAGUUAUAACUGGGUUGAAUUUGUUGUAGCUUUACAAGAUACAUUGGUAUCCUCCUUUUAACUUUUUAUCAUGUUGUGUGUAGUUUUUGUAGAUUUGGUGAAAAAUCAAAUGAGGUACAUUAGUAAGAUAUGGUGUAAAUUGAUUGUUUUACCGGUUUUGCUUCAGGAGACCCGAGGUGCACUAGAGAAUAGUGUCAGUAUGUUCUCUAUUUUCUCGUUGAACUGUUUCUUCAAAUACUCUGCGACUGAUAUUGCAAUCUGUAUCAGCUUGAGUCGUCUGAUAUAUUAUAUUGAAUUAUCUGUU